AUGAACCUGCAAGCGAUGAUGUCCAAGGCGAAGAAGAAGCCGAAGACCGCAGUCAACAUACCCAUGCGGCUGUUCGAGGCCACGACGGUCGUCGACGACCGCCUGUGCUCUGCAGACGUGAACUUCUGGCGCCAGCAAGCGGGCCUGUACAAGAUGAGCGACCGGAAGAGGCGCGCCCCGGCGCCCGUCGCGCAGGCGGGCGCCCGCGAGCCCAAGAAGGAGCGCAAGCGUCCUGAGUCGGACACUGACAGCAGUUCAAGCUCGGACAGCGAGAGCGAGGUUUCGGACAGCGACGACGAGCGCGACGUGUCCGAGGAGGCCCGCCGCCGCAGGUACGAGAUCAUCAUCGGCGGACUCGUCGGGCGCAUUCGCGGUUACACGGGCUUCCACAUGUUCGUGCCGCCGAUUCGCCUGCAGCACGCGCUCGCGACGAUCGCAAGCUGCGGGAAGUUUCAUCCCAAGGAGUGGUCGAUCCCCGUGACGCGCGAGCUGCAGUGGGAGGCCAGCGCGGGCCUCCUGGAGCUCCUGCGGUGCUUUCCGCGCGUCCAGGCCGUCAAGGUCGACGGCGCGCAGGGCCUGGCCGUGCGCGAGGACGCCGCAGUGUGGACGCCGAUGAUCGCCGAGGUGCCCCUCAAGGACUUCUACGACGCGCGCGAGGGCACCGCGAUGGACGCGGCGUGCACGCUGGGGCGCUGCGUGGGCAGCCUGCUGCGCACCGUGCAGUCGGCGUGGCGCGGGAUGUUCCGUAGCGACGGCUCGCAGCUGCUGGUGAAGCCGGGCGACCUCGAGGCGGGGGGCGAGUUCCUGGAGCCGUACUUCGCGCUCGUGCUCGAGGUGCUCGAGCAGGACACGCGGGCCUGCCUGCGCGCCGCGGCGACGCGCAAGGGCGAGGUGAGCGCGGGGAAGCUGCUGGAGAUGGGGCUGCUGUGGCGGUGCGUGUCGGAGAUGAACGCGCGCGGGUUCGACGCGGAGAAGGGCUUCGUCGAGAGCUUCAUCGACUCCCCGACGCUCGGCGGCGGUCGUGGGAAGACGCGCACUCUCUUCAAGGUGUUAUUGGAAGUCGUCAUUCUGGCAACAGAGUGCCUCUCGCGCGAGUCCGGGGUGGCGCAGCUGAAGCGGGCGGACCGCGCGUUCGACGACGCGCGCGAGGGCGACCCCGACGCGGACAGCGAGGACGAGAGCGACGACGAGGACCUCUCUGCAGAGGAGGCGGCGCCGCUGUCGGAUGUCAGCCGCGCGAAGACGCUUGCGGAGCGCCUCCUGAGGCUCCUCGUGGAGCACAUGGGCGCGAUGGAGGAGUGCCGGUUCUUCACGACGCAGUCCGAGGAGGGUCUCGGCCGCAAGGUCGCGAAUAUGCGCCUUCAGAUUGACGCCAAUAUUGCGCACCAGCUCUUCCUGCCUGGGCGGCCGACGACGCUGGAGACGUGGCGCGCGGUGUUCGGCUGCGUGGGUCUGGCGGGCGUGCCGCGUGCGGCCGCGGCGCUGUGGGCGAUGCGGCGCGCGAAGCGCAGCGCGGAGGACCGGAAGAUGUGCAGCUCGCUGAUAGACCUGGAAGAGGCUCUGGCGGGGGCCAUGGACUGGGAGGGCGCCAGCGAGGCCGCGGCGACGCACCUGCGCGACUGUCUGAACUACAUGGCGUACGACGCCGGGUACAACAAGGGUCCGACGUACAUCUUGGGCGAGGAGGGCGUCGUGUGGAUGACAGCGCAGCUGUGUCUGGCAGCGGACGCCGCGCAGCACUCCCCGAUCCGCAAGGUCGCCGAGCAGUGCCGCGAGAUGAUCUUGGGCGGGUUCAUCGACGGCAAGGUCGCGGAGAUCUGGAAGGAGGCCAGGAAGCUGGGUAAGAGCCCGGCCACAGAGAGGGGCGCGUCUGCGCUCGCGGCCGCGCGCCUGUCGCUCACCAACGUCAGGCAGCACAUGGAGCGCACCAAGAAGACGCCCGUCCUGAGCAUCGACUGA